UGCAGAAAAUACAGGACAAAACGAAAAGCCAUCUGACCCGCUAGAUUACAUGCCGCUUCAUUCACCAAAGCUUGAGCUUGAUAACAUAGAUAAACAAAUACUAGAAAGGAACUGUGCCGUCCUUGCUGCAACUUGUCAAACUUCUUUUGCGAUCUGUAAAAUUUGUGACUCAGCGACUUAAAGAUAGCCAUGUCUAUGUCUACUGAAUUAGCGAUUAAUUCGCUAUAUAUGAUGUACAGCACAUUCCUUCUCUUGUUUGUGGUGAUUGGAAUAUCCAUGUUUUACUCUGGUCUAACUCAAAGAAGAUCUUCAUUCACGAUGCUAGGACUUCCAAUACUCAUAUGCGCCAUCUUAUUCAUUGACUGGUUUAUUUGGGGCUACUCUUUGUGCUAUUCUAGCUCAUCAAAUAAUUUCAUCGGUAAUUUGAACCUUGCAGUCCUACGUCAUUUGAAGGAACCACUGGAAGAGGUCUACAUUACUCCUAGAGGUGAAAUUCUUGCGGUGAUUCAUUUUUUGUUCAACGGAUUUAUGAAGCUCAUCUGUGCAUCCUUAACAUUUCCAGCCUGUGCAGCAGAAAGAGGGAGAUUCGCCCCUAUGAUUCUAUUCGCGUUCAUCUGGUCGGCUAUCAUCUAUAACCCUGUCAGUUACUGGUUUUGGAAUAAGCACGGCUGGCUUUCGCCUCAACUUAACAAGCUACCGGUUCUUGAUUUCGCAGGUGGAAACUGCAUUCACAUUGUUAGCGGAUUUACUGCUUUAGCUUAUUCAUACUAUUUGGGGCCCCGAAACCCUCAGAUUCUUCAUAACUACCGAAGCUCGAACAACAAUUUAGCUCUAUUGGGACUUAUGUUUAUACUUUUCGGAUGGGCUGGAUUUAUUUCGGGUUGUGAUUUUAAUUUUGGUGUGACAUCUAUUUAUUUGAUCGUUGCAACGUUUUUGUGUGCUUUCUCGGCAGGUAUUGUUUGGACGGCGAUUGACUUAUAUUUUUCUGCCAUCCCACUAGACAUAGUGGGUGCACAAGAAACAUUCGAAAUCUCGGAACCUGGCAGUUAUGAAGUAGAUGCUCAUUCGAAGCAACGCAAUACAGACAAACCAAAACAAACUAGGAAAUUGUCUAUGGUUUCUUUCACAUCUGGUAUUAUGUGUGGUUUGGUGGUGUUCACACCAGGUGGAGGCUACUUAUGUUACACCGGCGAUUUUUGGAAAAGCAUUGUCUGCGGAGUGGUUGGAGGUGUUGUUGGUAACUUAAGCACUCGGCUCAAGUAUUUCUUUUGCAUUGAUGAUGCCCUAGACAUAUUUGCGGUGCACGGAGUCUGCGGUAUUGCGGGCUCUUUGCUCGUGGGAAUCCUUGCUGAGAAGUCAUAUGAUUCCAAGGGAGGCUGGGUAGAACAAAACUGGAUUCAAUUCGCCUAUCAACUCUUGGGCAUUGUUGUGACGUCCGCUUACGUUUUCAUCAUGUCAUUGUUAUUUCUCUACUUAAUUGACUUGAUUCCUGGAAUGCACUUGAGGAUAGAUAAGGACUUCAAUAGACGGAUGAGAGCUGAGCUUAAAGGGGUUGAGGAUUUGGGGGCUCAAACUUUUAAGCAUGGUGAAAUGAACUCACAAAUGUAUGAAAUGAGGGAGUUGAUGGGUUCAGAUAACUAUGAGCUUAACGGAGAAUACUCAAUGGACUUUGUGGAAUUUAUCAAAGUUGUGGGUCCGGAAGACUUUCCGCAAGACUUCCCCGUUGAACAGACGAGGGGUGCUUACCAGUGGCCUUUAGAAAUUGAAAGUGAAGGAAUACGAUCAAGGAAGUCACAAAAAUACUAGAAAUUACCCGGAGAAUCCAAUCAAUUAAAUACUUUAAUAUGUAUAAGAAAAUAUCAAUACCGUCCAAACUUAAUUGAGAAGUCUCAUCA